CCAACCACUUUCGUUUAAAACCUUCCAUCUCCAUCUCCACCGUUGAUGUAGAACAUGGUGGGCUCUUCUCUUACAUAGACUAACGUUACUCCAGUGUUAAAAGCGUGAACUUUCUUGAAAGCUUUGGUAUUGGGAAGCUUUAAUUUCUGUCUAGUUCUGAAAUUUUUAAGCAGAAAAAGAGCUUGGAGGAUCAAUAUCAGGAAAUGGGUUGCCACUCAUUAUUUCUGUUUAGUGUUUUCUUGAUCAUUUUUUUGAGUUUUUGUGUUUUUAGAGUUGUGGAUGGGGCUGGAGCUGGAGCUGGUGUUAGUGAGGAGUGUAGGACUGACUUUCAGAAGGUGAUGCCCUGCCUGACAUAUGCAACAGGGAAAGCGAAUACACCUACAAAAGAUUGUUGUAGUGAAGUGAAGGAUUUGAAGGACAGUGACCCAAAAUGCUUAUGUUACAUCAUACAACAGACCCGUAAUGGUAGUGAGCAGAUCAAGAGCUUGGGUAUCCAACAGGAUAGGUUGCUUCAGCUACCUUCUGCUUGCCAGCUCCAAAAUGCCAGUGUUAGCUUUUGCCCUAAGCUUCUUGGCCUCUCUCCUAGCUCCCCAGAUGCUGCUAUUUUCACAAAUAUUACAGCAACAACUAUCCCCACUACUCCCACCGGAGGAGCAUCAGCAUCGGAGAAAUCUGACGCCUCCAUUAUGACCAUGCAUAGACCUGAUCACCUUUUUGGUCCUGUGGCUAUUGCUAUGGCCAUUUUUAUCUACACUUUCUCCACUGAUCAAUCUACGUUUAUGUUCUAAACCUGAGAACAUCCAUGGAAGGCCACAACAUUUGGGGAAUGGUGAAAACUGAAGAGUGAAGCUUAUUUCUUUCUUUUUCCGUUUUGUUGUUUUCUUCUCAACAUUCCCAGAAUUUCAUUUGAGCUUAAACGCAUUUCAUUGUAAUCUUAACUUUUGCAUCUUCUCUAUCAUGUGUUUUGGUAUCCAAGGCCAUUAUCUCCAAA